AGAGAAAAAAGAAAUGUCACUGAGCUGCCAGGCUUAGACUCGAAUGAGGUCAGCCAAGAAAUGAUAGACAAAGCCCUCGGGAAACACAUUACACCCAUCACCCUGAAAUCCACAAUCAAAAGCAACCCCUUGUAUAGUGAUAUCCAGGUGGAUGACAAAUGGAAGGAGAAGAAAAAGACCCCUUCCUGGACUGUGCAAGACUAUGACAGGCACUCGCUGCACUCUAACUUGGCCAGCCACGUAAAGGAAAAUCCUAAUGAUCUACAGUUCUGGAUGGGGGAUAUUUAUACUCCUGGGUACGAUACCUUGUUAAAAAAGAAAGAGAGAGAAAAAAAGCAUUCCAAAUGUUGUCGAAUCAUCCUGCUCAUGGUACUAGCUGUUUGCAUCCUGAUUACCAUAGUCACACUCAGCAUUUUGCUUACUUAG